AUGCUCAGUUGAGGGUCCGCGCUUGGGCGCGGGCUAGGGGCGCGCCUCGAGCGCCCUGCCAACGGACAGGACGCGGGGAACCUGCCCUGGGGACACUAUGGAGAAGUACCAGAUUCUGGCCCAGCUGAGUCCUGGGGCCUUGGGGGCGAACCUGGUGGUGGAGAAAACCGAAAACAAAGUAAAGUAUGUGAUAAAGCAGGUAGAAUGUAUUGACGAGCAUCAUGCCAACGAGGCCUUGGAGGAGCUGAGGCCGCUGUUGGAGCUCCGGCACGCCCACAUCUCCGCCUACCAGGAGCUGUUCGUCACCUGGGACAGCAAGAUCUCCUCUCUGUUCCUCUGCCUGGUGAUGGAGUACAACGAUGGAAGCUUCCAGAAGGUCAUUGACAAGAAGAGGGAGACAAAGACGAUCAUCGAUUCUGAGUGGAUGCAGAGCAUGCUGGGCCAGGUGCUGGACGCUCUGGAGCACCUGCACCACUUGGACAUCAUCCACAGGAAUCUCAAGCCCUCCAACAUAGCCCUCGUCAGCAGCAACCACUGCAAACUGCAGGACCUGAGCUGCGAAGCGCUGAUGACAGACAGAGCCAAGUGGAACAUCCGGGUGGAGGAAGACUCUUGUCAGAAGUCCUGGAUGGCCCCCGAAGCCCUCCAGUUCUCCUUCAGCCGGAAGUCGGACGUCUGGUCCCUGGGCUGCAUCAUCCUAGACAUGGCCAGCUGCUCCUUCACAGACAGAACAGAAGCCAUGCUUCUGAGAAAGUCCCUCCGGACCCUCCCGAAUGGCCUCAGGGGCGUCCUGAAGACCAUGGGGGAGAAGAGGGUCCCCCACGCGCACAUCUUGGGUUCCCUUCUGCCUCUGAUGCUGCAGAUCAACCCCCUGGAGCGGAUAACAGUCAGGGACGUGAUCCAGAUCACCUUGGCGGACAGCAGCGUCCGGGCUGCCAGCAUCGCUCUGUCGCUGCACCAGCCCGCGGUGCCUGACUUCAUCACCGACCUGCUGCUGGAGGGCAGUAUGGCCAACAUCAUAGAGGUCAUGCAGCAAUUCUCCAGCAGCCCCGAAGUCCAGCUCAAAGCCAUGAAGAGGCUCCUGAAAAUGCCCGAAGACCAGCUAGGCCUGCUGUGGCCCCCAGCACUGGUGGAGGUGCUGGCCGCCAUCAUGAAGCAACACGAGAGGGUCCUGGACAUCCAGCUGCACGCCUGCUCCCUGCUGCUGCGCAGCCUGGGCCGAGCACUGGCACAGGACCCAACGGCCGAGGUGCCGCGUGACAGCUCCGUCACCUCGGUCCUGCUGAGCGGCCUGCAGACUCACCCCGAGUCGGAGCAGCUCCUGGUCACGGCCUACUGCGUGCUCACCAUCAUCUCCAGCCAGGGGUCGGCCUCGGAGGAGCUGCGGAAGGCUGGGCUGUUGGAGCACAUCCUGGAGCGCCUGAGAACCUUCCUCACCAACAGGGACGUCUGCAUCCGCGGCCUGAGCCUGCUCUGGGCCCUGCUGGUGGACGCGUCGGCUCUGGUGUCCUUGGUGGGAGCAGGGGGCACGGGGUCACGCAUACAGCAGGCUCUCCUGCAGCCACUCAAGGGCGAGGUGUCCCUCCUCCAUCCUGUCCCGGCCCCAGACGUUGUGAACAAGAGCCCCUUGGAGAAGGCCCCGGCCCUCAUCGCUGAGGUGCUGGCCGCCUACCCCACGGACGCAGAGAUGGCUGAGGCCGGCUGUGCCGUCUUCUGGCUGCUGUCCCUGCAAGGCUGCAUAAAGGAGCACCAGUUUGCAGACGUGGUGACACUGGUCCUACAAAGCAUCCGGCUGUUCCCGGACAGAACCCUACUGGUGAACAAUGCCUACCGGGGGCUGGCCAGCCUGGUGAAGGGGUCCGAGCUGGCAGCCUUGCAGGUGGCAAUGCCAGAGGAGGGCAGCGGCAGCCUCGGCCUCAUCCAAGAGACGUACCAGCUGUACAAGGAUGACCCGGAGGUGGUGGAGAACGCCUGCAUGCUGCUGGCACACCUCGCGUCCUACGACGAGAUCCUGCCGGAGCUGCGGGCCAGUGGCGUCCAGCCCCUGGCCCAGGAGAUCAAGGAGCGCUUCCCCUCCAGCCUGGUCUUGGAGGGGGAUGUCCACCUCACUCACGCCGGAGUCCUGGGCACAGUGCGGAGGCCUGGCGGGGCCCUGGGGGCUCGAUCCUGCAGGCCCCACCCAGACGUCCACCCCGGAGCCACCAGCAUGGCCCUUGUGGAGAGGGCGGCGCUUCCAGACCACUGUGAACGAGGGAAAGCGUACCCUCCACACGCUCCGGCUCCAGUAAAAGCCUGCCUGUGUUACCUCUUCUCGGCGGGUCUGGGUCUUCCUUGCGCCGCGUCAGCUGGCUUGGUAAAGACGGGGCUUUAUGCACCGAGUGCGGCCGGCUGCUCCAGACUCUUCUCAGACCCUCACCCCUGGGAUCCCCCACAGCUGGGGACUGGCACAUCUGUCCUGACGGGGAGGGGCAUCCGCCUCUGGGGGGGACCGCGGUCACCAAGCUCAGACGAGCUGAGCCUCACUCGCCAUACUGUGGGCCCCACCCUCAAGCUGAAACCUGGCGGGUGUAUAUAUGGGGUGGAGGAGGAACGGCACCCUCAGAAAAUCUGCCCAAGUCCAAGGGCGGCCGCGCCGAGCCCAGAAGUGGGGCUGGGUCCGUGACCUGUGACCCGAGGCACAGCAGGGGUCUGGCCUCCUCCCAGGAAGCCACCACAAACCCAGUGGACACUGGGUGCCUCCAGCCCCUGGAACCAGCGAAUCCAGCACACCGUGGGGACAGCACGCGGCAGGCAGCCCCGACUUGCCACCAGUCCCCAGGACAGACCCCCGCGGGGGCGUCAGGUCCCGGAUCGCAGAGGGAGGAAGCAGUUCUCGGCCGCCGCCACGCCCUGCCGUCAGGACUCGAACACGCUUCAGCAGAGCUGCUGCCACGGGGAGACCCGCAGGGUCUAGCGCGCGGCCGUCACCGCCUGCGGACGGGAGGUGCUGCCGCGGGCCGGGGCCGGGGGGCGCCUGUCCUGGGCCGAACUCUCCCACUGCUUCUUCACCAGGACGUACAGUCUCAUGGCCACCUGGGCGUCCUGAACCUAGGGGACCCAGAACACCACCGUGACUGCCCCAGCGGGCGACAGGCGCGGCGCACGCCACCCGAGCCCUUGAGCCGUACACGGCACGCCAAGGAGAGGGCCCAGCGGAGCAGCCGGCUAGGGACCGACCCCAGCUGGGCUCCGGCAGCCCGGGUGCCGGCCUGCGGGGAAGAAGGGACCGACGCGCUGCCUCGGGAGGCCUAUCAGACAGCAGCCACCCCGACGCAGGCAGACACGAGCGGGGCUCUGAGCAGAUGCUGCCGGGGGCCUGCGCUCCACGGGCCAGCAGCCUGGUGCCAGCACCCCCAACCCUGUCGCCGGGGCCCGUCUCCAAGGCCCGGGGGACAACCGGCCUGGGCCGCACGGUCCGUAAAGGCUUCAGUCUAGGUGGGGGACUUCUCCUAAGGCCUGCCUGCGGCGUGGCAGCUUUCCGUGGGCCCGUGUUAAGGAGCAGCACCCCAGAAGGUAACGGCCGCUCCGUAAGCCCUUUUAGGACCUGCGGCCUCCUAAAAAUGGGCUGUCUGGGCCCCGACAGAACGCCUUGGCCGCAAGGUCAGGGGUGGCCCCCAAUCCUGAGGACUGCCAGCCCAGGACACUCACCGAGCAGUGCUCUGCCUGCUGCACCCGGAGCCCCAGGAUUCUCUCUGCAAGCAGCUUCAGAGAUGGCCUUCCGCUCUGCCAGGGGACAGGGGACAGCACACAGCCACACUGGGGUGGAGUCACCUACUGAGCCCCGACCCCGGGACCUUCAAUGUGCCUUUCACCGGAAGUGGCCAGGGCACUGAGGGCACGUGACUCCGGCCUGCCCGCAGGGGCGGGGAGGGCGGCUUCCGCUCCCCGGCAGGGGGCCUCACCACGGAGAUGGGCCGGCUGGCCCGUGGUCACACUCACUUUUAAAGGGCAACAAUCACUAAAACUCUGGCGUUUUUGUUUUUUAACAUUUGUUUUCAGUUUCCAAAGUAAAAAGGCCACCCCACACCAAACCAAACCAAACCAAACCCCUCUACCCAGUAAGCAAGCGGGGCCUGGCGCUGAGCAGUGCGUGAGCAGCCGACAACUAGUUUACGUACCUUCACUUGACUCUUGAAAGGUUUGUAUUUCUGCGUGUCCCGAAUCUUCUUUUUUGGGUGAUCAAGAAACAGCACCUGGACAAAGAGAACACGGUGAUGGUCAGGGCGCUGUCGGUGCGCAGACGCGCCCCCUUUCUCCGACAGCCUCUCACAAGGAAGCCUAACGUGUAACACACGGGGAAGCAGGUACUGAUGUGAA